UGCUCAUACAAAAAGAAGAAGCUAGUAUUUUUCUCUCAAAUGUCUCAGACCUUGCAACUUUCAUUCUCUUCAAGUGCAUUCAAUUCUUCAUUCAAGGUGAAGAGAGUUAGGCCUCACUGUCAUAGAAUCCUAUGCUCCUAUGACCAAUCUAGUCUCAAAGAUGAAGAUGAUGCUGAUUAUGGAAGAGGUCCAGGCUUGUCGCGGGUCAUACUGGUUGAGAGAUAUAGCAAUGGUACUUCUAAGAGAUAUGUAUUAGGUGAUGAUUUGCAGUUGCAAACCUUUCUUGUUGAGGAGGAUAAAUCUACAGCAAACAGGUUCGGGGUUUUGCAUUCCCCUGAUCAAAGACUAUCCUGGCUUCCAGAGAUAAUCAAAGAUUUUAUUCUACCAGCAGGCUUUCCUGGAUCAGUUUCAGAUGAUUACUUGCACUACAUGUUACUACAGUUCCCUACCAAUGUCACUGGAUGGAUCUGUCACACCUUAGUCACUUCAAGUCUCCUAAGGGCUGUUGGCAUUGGCUCUUUUUCUGGUACCACAGCAGCUGCUUCUGCUGCUGCCAUCAGAUGGGUCUCAAAGGACGGCAUUGGAGCUUUUGGACGCUUAUUCAUUGGUGGGCGGUUUGGAAAUCUCUUUGAUGAUGAUCCAAAACAAUGGAGAAUGUAUGCAGACUUCAUUGGCAGUGCUGGAAGCAUUUUUGAUCUGACAACCCAAGUAUAUCCUGCCUAUUUCCUUCCUUUGGCAUCGCUUGGAAAUCUUACUAAGGCGGUAGCAAGAGGACUAAAAGAUCCUUCUUUUCGUGUGAUCCAAAACCACUUUGCGAUUUCAGGAAAUCUCGGGGAGAUAGCAGCAAAGGAAGAAGUUUGGGAAGUGGUUGCUCAACUGAUUGGCCUUGCUUUGGGUAUAUUGAUACUGGAUACACCUGGCGUUGUAAAGUCGUAUCAAGUGCUUUCAUUAACUUGGUUGAGUAUGCGGCUUCUGCAUCUUUGGCUACGCUAUGAAUCACUUUCAGUCCUCCAGUUUAACACAAUAAAUCUUAAGCGUGCUCGCAUACUGGUAAAAUCACAUGUAUUACACUCCACUGUUCCAGGAUGCCUGGAUUGCAACAGGGAAGAGAAUAUAUUAGCAUGGCCACAGUUCUUGAAGCCAAAAAUCAUAUUUGGCUUGCCCUUGGAGAAGAUGGAUGGCGUGGGAGGAUCUCAUUUCAUGGUGGAGGCACUUAUCAAAUUAUAUGCGAAUGAGAAAUAUAUCCUUAUGGUGAACCAGCAGCCAGAAGAUUUGGAGUUUUAUGUUUCUUUCAAGAGCUUAUGUGACCAACUGCUCAGGAGAUUGAUCAGUCCCACCCCCAUGUUUUAAACAAAGAUUGAAUUUUGGCACAUGAUAAGUGGGCUAGUGCUUUGUUAAUGCUCCAAGCCUAAAAGGGUUCUUGCAUUUUGGGGGGGGGGGGACUUGUAGCUGCUGCUUCAUUGAUUCUUCUAGCUUCUGCUUAUGUGUUUGAUUCCGCAAGAUGCUGCUUCUCCAAUUUUCAAAGAGGACGGCACAAUUAUUUCAAGAAAAUGAGCAGCUGCUGCUCACUUGAGCAAUUUCCUCUUACUUCCCCUUGUCCUAGUAUAGAAUGUUGGAAAAGGACAUCUUUCUAAGUACAGGAAGAGGAACCAUAUAAAAAGUGUUAACAACUCACUUGGCAAUGUUAGCAAAGGUUGUAAAGAAACAGGGAAAAAGCAUAAAGGGCAUGAAGAAAAGGUAGAAGUAAUCGGAGAAAUAACAACUUAAGGAAAUGAAGACAAAGCAGAAAAUCAAGGAAAUACUGAUUGUUCUAGCAAUUGUUAGGGGAGCUAUAUAGGAGAUUAUUAUGCAGUUCGUGAGUGCCUGUGUUUGUGUUGAACAGCUUUACAGCACCUUCUCAUUUAAUAAUCACACUGCAGGUUGGAGCUUCAAGUGUCUCAGUAUUGCGAAGUGUGUGGCAGGCAUUUUGGCUAAGUGAGAACUGGGAUAGCAAGGGUAAUGUUUGUGAUCAACUUGCUAAUAGCCUAAUGGAAUUGGAAGAUAGGUUUGAAGAUUUCAUU